AUGAAGCUAACCAGCGCAUCCUCUUGCGACACACCUCAGACCAAACUAAAGGUCCAGCUCAAGCUCGCAAUCGCGCGCUUACGAAUGGUCCAGCAGCGCGAUGAACAAAUUGGCAAGACACAGCAGCGGGCAAUGGCCCAGCUCCUCGAAGCCGGCAAGAUCGAUUCCGCGACGAUCCGUGUCGAGAACAUCAUCCGAUCAGACAUCACAACCGAGCUCCACGAGAUGCUGGAGCUCUACUGCGAACUACUACUCGCCCGCGCUGGAUUACUGGAAGGCCCGGUGUGUGAUCCCGGUCUGGAAGAGGCCAUCAAGAGCAUCAUCUACGCGGCGCCCAAGACUGAAAUCAAGGAGCUCGCAACGGUGAGGCAGCUCCUCGGAGAAAAGUACGGCAAGGAGUUUGUCCUCGCUGCCAUGGAGAACACAGACGGCAAGGUGAAUGAAAAGGUUGUCAGGAAGCUGAGCGUCGAGCCGCCGAAGCAGGAGCUCGUGCAAGGCUACCUGGAGGAGAUUGCGCGAGCAUACGGAGUGGAUUGGCCGAAGAGGGCCAAGGUCACACCCCCGCCGGAUCUGAUCGACGAUUUUGAUGAUAAUGACGAAGAUGACCCGUCGGGUGGGCAGAAGGUUUUGGCGGAGCCCUUGACUACGGGGAGGAAGCUGUCCAGGGGGGAGGAGGAGUUGAAUAGGGCGACGCCGCCGCAGGGGUUUGCGGGGCCGAGGAGUCCUGUGACGGUUACGCCGCCGAGGAGGACGACGGAGAAUGUGCAUCCAAAGGUUACGCUGGGGUCGGUCGAGUUGAAGCCGAAUAAGAAGAUGGAGGCGGUGGCUAGGAAGGAGCCCGAGGGGGCGGUGCCGGAUAUAAGUGAUUUGGAGAGGAGGUUUGCGGCGCUGAAGAAGAGGUGA